CGCAGCCACUUUCCUACUACGACGUUUGUAGUUGAUAAUCAGUUUUCAAAGUUCAGUGCGGCGCGCAGUCAAAUGGGAACCAAGGAUAAAAUUGUCAGCUGGAUUUGCCGGUUAAUUGUAAUUACGGCUUUUUUCUUGAUUGGCUUUAUCAUUGGUUGGUUUGCUCGACCUACUACUGUCAAUCAUGGACACACAUCAAAAAGUUUCCUGCAUGAAUUUAUGGAUGAGAUACGAGCAGAGAAUAUUAAACACCAUCUCAGGAAGUUCACGCGGCUACCCCACUUGGCGGGGACGCAGCAGAAUCUGGACUUGGCGGAACUGAUUCGAGACGAGUGGUUGAAGUUUGGGCUGGACUCUGUGAACGUAGUUCCAUACGACGUACUGCUGUCGUACCCCAACAAAACGAGCCCCAAUUACAUCUCUAUAGUGGACCACCAGGGCAAAGAGAUCUUUAACACCUCCCUGGCAGAGCCUGUCCCUCAAGGUUAUGAAGACGUUGCAGAUAUUGUCCCUCCUUAUAGUGCUUUCUCUGCCAAAGGUCAACCAGAGGGUGAUUUGGUGUAUGUUAAUUACGGACGGACGGAGGAUUUCUUUAAGCUGGAAAGAGAGUUGGGGAUUAACUGUACCGGGAAAAUCGUCAUCGCCAGAUACGGCAAAAUCUUCCGUGGGAACAAGGUGAAAAAUGCAAUGUUAGCAGGAGCUAAAGGCAUCAUCAUGUUCUCAGAUCCGGCGGAUUACUGCGCGGUUGGCGUAGAGCCGUACCCUCAAGGCUGGAACCUGCCAGGUGGGGGCGUUCAGAGAGGAAACGUUCUCAACCUUAACGGGGCAGGAGAUCCCCUCACACCUGGAUACCCCGCAAAAGAAUACACCUACAGGUAUCACCCAGAGGACGGCGUGGGGUUACCCAAGAUUCCUGUGCAUCCCAUUGGCUAUCAUGAUGCGAUUCACCUGCUAAAGAAUAUGAGAGGGCCUCUUCCCCCUGAAAACUGGAAGGGCGCACUUAACGUGUCAUACCAAAUCGGACCAGGAUUCAUGGAUGGCUUUGAACAGAAUAAAGUACGUAUGAACAUCCACACCAACAAUCAGGUGACCCGAAUCUACAAUGUGAUUGGCUGGAUCAGUGGAGCUGUAGAGCCAGACAGGUUUAUAAUUCUUGGUGGUCAUCGUGACGCGUGGGUGUUUGGAGGGAUUGAUCCGGUGUCUGGAGCUGCCGUGGUGCAUGAAAAUGUGAGAGCGGCGGGAGAACUCAUGAACAGAGGUUGGAGGCCGAGGAGAACACUAAUCUUUGCCAGUUGGGACGCAGAGGAGUUCGGUCUACUGGGAUCUACAGAGUGGGCAGAGGAUAAUGCCAGAAUACUGCAGGAUCGAGCAGUUGCGUACAUCAAUGCUGACUCUGCCAUUGAGGGUAUGUACACACUGAGGGUCGACUGCACCCCUUCCCUACACACUCUUGUUUAUGACAUCACCAAGCAGGUUACGAGUCCAGAGGAAGGAGAAGAGGGCAUGAGUCUAUAUGAGAGCUGGCACAAACGGGACAACUGGACUGAAAGAGAUGCACCAUUGAUCAGUAAACUGGGCUCUGGUAGUGAUUUUGAAGCGUAUUACAUCCGAUUAGGGAUUGCAUCCGGCAGGGCGAGAUACACCAAAAACCGGAAAACCGAGCGCUACAGCAGCUACCCCGUGUAUCACAGCGUGUACGAGACCUAUGAGAUUGUGGAACGCUUCUAUGACCCAAGUUUCCGUCGGCUGGAGGCCGUGGCCCGUGUGCGGGGUGGAUUGAUCUUCAGUUUGGCAGACUCUCUGAUUCUGCCUCUGGACUGUGUGGAAUAUGCCACGUCUAUCACCAAAUAUGCCAGCACUAUACACCAGCUGGCACAGAAACACCCUGCUGCCAUGGAGCAGUACAAGGUGUCAUUCGAUUCUCUCUUCUCUGCUGUUAUGAACUUUACAGUCGCAGCUCAAGAUUUUCAUCAAAGACUAGAUCAGCUGGACACUUCUGAUGCAAUGGCUGUCCGGAUGGCAAAUGAUCAGCUGAUAUAUUUAGAGAGAGCCUUCAUUGACCCGUUGGGUCUACCUGGAAGACCAUUUUACAGGCAUAUCAUUUUUGCGCCCAGCAGUCACAAUAAAUAUGCUGGCGAGUCUUUCCCUGGGAUUUAUGAUGCUUUAUUUGACAUUGAGAACGCAGUGGACCCACAGAUGUCCUGGGACGAGGUGAAACGACAAAUCAGCAUCGCUGCGUUCACUGUCAAUGCAGCUGCUGUCACACUAAUGCCUGUGGCCUGAAAUUGAAAUGCAUACAAUUAAAAAAAAACAUGAAAUAUAAGCAUUAACUUCUGCAAGUCUAUUUGUGCUGCAAAGGAACACUAUGCAAACCUGGCUCAGAGGGGAGCUUUCGGAAGAUACACUCUAGAGCGAGUCAAAUCAAUUGUUUUUCACCCAAAGGGAUUUGCAGUAAAUGAAUUGCCUUAAGUGCACAAUGGUCAUAGAGAACAAUCUAAAUAUGACCAUAAAAACUCACUUAAGAAUAAAUAUGCAAUCUUAAUGGGAAAUAGUCUGCAAAACCAUUCUUGUGUAAAGCUGCUUCAGUAUUUGUAGAUUAUUUUUUAACAUGUUUCUAUGGUAUACUGGAAAACAAUGAUAAGCAUUUCACAAGUUUUAAAGGCUUUUAUUGGCCAAAAAAUUAAAUAUAUGCAAAGAGUCAAUAUUUACAGUGUUGACCCUUGUUCUUCAUAACCUCUGCAAUUCGCUCUGGCAUGCUGGACAUCCGCUUCUGGGCCAAAUCCUGACUGAUGGCGAUCCAUUCUUGCCUUAUCAGAGCUCGGAGUUGACCACAAUUUGUGGGCUUCUGCUUGUCCACUCACCUUUUGAGGAUUGACCACAGGUUCUCUAUGGGAUUAAGAUCUGGGGAGUUGCCUGGCCACGGAUCCAAAAUUUCAAUGUAAUGAUCUCCGAGCCACUUCAUUAUCACUCUUGCCUUGUGACAUGGUGCUCCAUCAUGCUGGAAAAUGCACGGAUCAUCACCAAAGUGCUCCUGGAUGGUUGAGAAAAGUUGCUCUUGCAGGACGUUUUAAUGCCAUUCUUUAUUCAUGGCAGUGUUUUUGGGCAGGAUUGUGAAAGGGCCCACUCCCUGUGAUGAAAAGAAACCCCACACAUGGAUGGUCUCGGGAUGCUUCACUGUUGGCACGACACAGGACUCAUGGAUUUUCCAGAUGUCCCAAACAGUCGGAAAGGGGGCUUCAUCAGAGUCUUCUUCUGUCCAAUCCUUGUACUUCCUUCAGAAUUUCAGUCUGUCCUUGAUGUUUUUCUUGGAGAGAAGUGGCUUCUUUGCUACCCUUCUUGACACUAGGCCAUUGUCCAAAAGUCUUCGCCUCACUGUGCGUGCAGAUGCACUCACACCAACCUGCUGCCAAUAUUGAGCUCUGAACUGGUGGUGACACAAUACCGUAGCUGACUCCUCAAGAGGAGACAGUCAUGGCACUUGCUGGACACUCUGGGACGUCCUGAAGACUUCUUCACUGCAGUUGAACCUCUCUCCUUGAAGUUCUUGAUGAUCCGGUAAUUGGUGCUUUCAGGUGCAAUAUUCCUUGCAGCAAUUUCCUUGCAUGUGAGGCCAUUUUGAUGCAAAUCGAUGAUGGCUGCACGUCUUUCUUUAGAGGUAACCAUUGUGAAAAAGAACACAAUGAUUGGAAGCACUUCUUCCCCACUUUUAUAGCGAUCAGUCAACUCUUAUAAUCCAAUCAGAAUGAUGGAGUGAUUUCACUAGUACUCGUUCACACUUUCCCAGGUGCUGCUGAUUUGAUUAGUGAAAUUAUGUUAGCUGGUCAUUUUGUGCCAGGGCCAAAAAAACAGUGAAAUUAGUGUUUUUGGCCAAUGAAGCUUUUUGUAAUUAUUUAAAAUGCAUCUGAUCACUCUGCAGAAUAAUCUAGAAACAUUGUGAAUCAACACCACAACAACAACAACUGAAGCAGAAAAUGUAUGUCACUGCCAAUACUUCUGGCCACGGCCGUACCACAAAUUAGCCCAGGUGUUACUUUAGUCAAAUUAAACAUUGUGGGGUUUUCCCAGUAUUAUUGCUAUGGUUUCACCACAAUUAUCAUUGUUAAUAUAUGGUUACUGUAUUUAAAUCAUAGUACAUUUUGUAGUUAUGAUUUACUACAUAUACCAUAGUUUAGCUAUAGUUACUGUAGUAAUAUGAUGAUUGUGUUACUGUGGUUUUAAUACAAAUACUUUUUAGUAUUAUCAGAUAAUUGAUGUUAUGUAAUCAUUUGAUAUAGUGAAUCAAAUUGCCUAAAGUGAGACUGAAUGUGUGACAUCACUGAAUGGCAGAAACAAUGACUCGGACUGUAAAAGCUCUGGAAUAUCAGUGCAAUAAUGUAAUGGAUCCAGUAACAUGCGUCACAUUGUCAUAAGAGAAACAUCAGACACAAAUAAACAGUGA